AUGGCUUCAAUAACUUCAAAGCCAGCUCUGGUCACCCUAAGACAGUUGCUGUCUGAGCUUCGUAAACAAAGCAAUGUGAAGAAAUUAUCUGAGAACCAAAUGGUCCAAUAUAUAAUGAGUCAAUAUCGUAAAUAUCAAACUACAGAUCAACAGUUGUGUAAAGCCAUUGAUGAAAUGCAUUUCAAGGCAAAAACAUAUUGUGACUAUUUGCACUAUUCAAGGAAAUAUUUGGAAAUAAAUGCAGAAUUUAAAGGAAGAGGGGAGAGGUCCGUAGAAGAUACAGCAAAAAUGGUCGGCUUCAAAUUGCCACAUGACCCUAAACCAUAAAAUAAUGGAAAUGAAUAAUUUGUGUAAAUAUUUUUUUUAAUAGCUGUGUAGUACAAAAAGUAUGCUUAGUUGAGAAAUAAAUUAGCUUUACUUAU